AUGCGCGGCAUCGUGAGGAGCGGACCACAAAAAUUUGAGGUGGUGUCCACCCUCAAUGUGCAGCACGACUGUCACACUGGAGGGUGUGAGGUGUCAGCCACCGGGCGUGUUCGUGUCGAGCGGCAGGAAUCCAAAGAAAACCACGCCACUGUGGUACACAAAAAUGCAAAAUUUUUUGUGGUCAAUUCUGGCGAGUUGCCCAGGAAUCAGGAACUCGUGAGCUGGGUGGAUCUGCCGAGUGGGGAGGAAGACAUCCAAGAUGUCAUCCCAGGGUUGGAGGAUGGGCUUGCGGCCUGGGUCCGGGCCGGAGGAGCGCUUGACGACGAGGACGAAGAUUCUGAUCCCAGUGUGGGUCCCACGGACUCGGAAAGUGUUUGA